CUCUAGUCUGCCGUUUACUCUACUAUAACAUUCCUGGGUUUUAUCUGAAUGUGAAAACUUUACAAAAGGCAUGCAAAAAAGAAGGAUACUGGUUCCAAGAUCGAGAUAUUGCAAAGUGGUUAAAAAAUCAGUAUGAUUAUCAAAUAUAUAAACACCCACCAAAAAUUAAGGCUUGGGCUAGCUUUUCUAAAUGUCGAAUUCCCAACAAAUUACAUCAAUGUGAUCUGUUACUUCAUGUUUAUGACGAUCAGGAAAGAGGAAAAAUAUAUUUACACACCUUGGUACUGAUAGAUGUGGCAACGAGAUUUAAAUGUGCAGUAGCAUUGACAUCAAAGAGUAGUUUGGAAGCUUGGAAUGCGAUUGAAAAAAUAUACAAUGAUUCCAAAAUCCUCUUAUCGAACAAUGUUUCUAUAAAAGUUGUAGACCUUUAUAGCUUUGAAAGCUUAGCAUUAGUAAAAAAAUUCAAACAAGAUUUAGCGUACUUAUAUAUAAAAUUCAAUAUGCCAUUGAGG